AUGGCCGGCGUGAACUCCAGCGUCGUCGGGCUCAAGCCCGCCGCGGCAGUGCCCCAGGCCGCCGCCGCCGCCUCGUCGCCGGCGAAGCGGGUGCAGCUGGUCGCGCCCGAGGGCCGCCGCGCCGCGCUGCUCGGCCUGGCGGCCGUCUUCGCCGUCACCGCCACCACCGGAUCGGCCAAGGCUGGGAUCAUCGAUGAGUACCUUGAGAAAAGCAAGGCCAACAAGGAGCUGAACGACAAGAAGAGGCUGGCCACCAGCGGCGCCAACUUUGCGCGCGCCUACACCGUCGAGUUCGGCAGCUGCACGUUCCCCUACAACUUCACUGGGUGCCAGGACCUCGCCAAGCAGAAGAAAGUGCCCUUCAUCACCGACGACCUCGAGAUUGAGUGCGAGGGGAAGGAGAAGUUCAAGUGCGGCUCCAACGUUUUCUGGAAGUGGGGUGAAGCUAAUUGA